UUUUACUUCAGGCAGCGGUAUAAAACUUAUCUGGAGAGCGCGAGAGCAAGUGUAGGAGUGAAUGUAGAUGACGUGACAUUUGCUGGUACAGCAUGCAGCUGCUCCUGGUAUUCUUUGUGCAGGUAUUGGCUGCUAAGGUUCGGGGUGUGGUAACUGUUCACACUACUUUCUGAACUGUCGACUGCUAUUGAACCACCUGCAUAAAAGGCGAGAAGUCAGCCGGGCUGGGUGCACGCACAGCAAAUCAUCGCUCAGGAUCAAGAUGAAAUUCCAUGUGUUUGGAGUCUUGAUUCUUGGAUUCCUGGCCUCCCCCGUGUCCACAUAUAGUAAUGGACUGGUCUAUAAAGCAUGUGACACAAUGACACCGCUACACGGCACCACUGUACCCCAGACAACAGAGGCGCCAUACUACGUUUAUGCUUCUAACUACUCUUACACACCUGGUGAUGAAAUUACAGUCACUAUGGAGGCAAAGCCCGAAACGUACUUCCAAGGGUUUCUCUUGCAAGCUCGGUCUGUACCAGGAAAUGAAACCGUUGGCCGUUUCAUAGUAAUUGACCCUAACUCACAAAAUCUCACCUGUGGUGGGAAUCCGGAUUCCACAGUUACCCAUAAAGAUUCAAGCAAAAAACUCAACAUCUCCGCAUUGUGGGUGGCACCGGCAUCAGUCAACAAUGUAAUAUUUAGAGCAACAUUUCUUCAAUCAAAGAGCACGUACUGGGUGGGAGUGGAAAGUCCUGUGCUCACUGUUUCCUCUGGCAACACCACAACAAGCAGCCCGAUCGCGUCUUCUCCCACCUCUAAUGCUUCAAGUCCAAAAACCACAAGUGCUCCUCCAUCUACCCAUGUUUCCUCCAGCCGCCCUCCUUAUUCUUCUUCCAUCUCCAGUGAGACCUGUGGUACCCGGAAGACUUGCCUCAGUAGUCCUUCGGAUUGUGACCCUUCCUCAAGUAGUAGCUGCGUCUUCAUGUCCUCCGCCAAGACCGAUGACGGGACCUAUCAUUACGAGAUCAGCGGUCCUUCAGCCGGUUAUGUCUCUAUUGGCUUUUCAGAUGACCGGCUCAUGGGAGAAGACGACAUAUACAUCUGUGUGAUAAACGCAAAUGGACAAGUGGAAAUCCAGCACGCCUAUUCUGAAGGGAGGAAGGCACCUUUAAUUCUACCAUUGAGUAAUGUAAAUGUCAGGAUGACAUCAUUCACCGGCGGCGUCAUUCAAUGUUCUUUCACUUCAAAAAAUCCGAUCUCAACCCAACCUCCGGUCCUCCAAGCCCGAUCCAGUAACAGUUCUGAUGCGUACUACAUAUUGGUGGCUUAUGGGCCUUCUGAUAACGGGAGGAUCCGAUUCCAUGGGUCCGGUAUUUUCUCCAGUGACACCAAAGUUAAUCUCUCUGCCGCUUCCAAUGUGACUCAAAGUGAACAAAGACACAUUAUGGUAAAAGCUCACGGGGCCCUCAUGCUUAUUGCUUGGAUGACCACAGGAAGUUUAGGGAUGAUUUUGGCUCGAUAUCUCAAAGUGGCUGCAGAGAGACCAAUUUUGGGCAAAGCAGUUUGGUUUCAGGCGCACAUGGUUUUUAUGGUUUUGACCGUGGCGGCGACAAUAGUGGCAUUUGUAUUGUCAUUUGUAGUGGCUAAAGGAUGGUCAUACAACGUAAGCACUCACGCUAUCCUCGGAUGCCUUGUGAUGAUCCUGGCCUUUUUUCAGCCCUUUGUUGCCUUUUUCCGACCUUCACCCAAGAGCAGCUGGAGAUUCUAUUUUAAUUGGUUUCAUGGAGUCAAUGCCCUAUUGACGAAAGUCUUGGCAGUGGCAAAUCUUAUCCUGGGAUUACAGUUCCUAGAUCAUAAACUUGGAUGGAUGGUGAACGUCAUGGGAGGCUUUGUUGGCUGGGAGGCUUUAGCCAUAAUUUGCUUGGAGAUCAAUAGGGACCUGGCGCAGAAAGAAAUGCAGAAAUUAGGAGACACAGAAAGCACCGGAGCCUCGGUGAAGGCUGAGGUUUACCUGCUGCUGAUCUACCUGUGCGGGAACCUGGCGUUCCUCAUAGCGCUGCUCGUGGGAAUCGGAAUCUCAUAGGAGAAAUUAUCGGAAGCUCCACGCGUGGGACUAGAAUACAUUGCACAACUCUUUACUUUUAUAUUUCACCUUGAGUGACAUGAAGAGGCGUUAAUAUAGCGACGUUUUCCAGGAUGAAGUCGCCUUUUAGGGUUUUUUUAUUUAUCGAUUGUCAAUUGUGCUUAAAUAAA